GGAUAUCGUCAUCUGUGCUUUUGUCUCAGCAGCAACCACCAGAGACGUGUUUCCCUCCGCCCAGCGUUUUAUUUCAAUCACAGAAAAGGCAUAAAAAUGUCGGGUUCAUCCAACCUGGUGACCAUGAAAAAGGUGGUACAGCAGCUUCGUUUCGAGGCGAGCAUAAACAGAGUUAAGGUUUCCCAGGCAGCUGCAGAUCUACAACAGUUUUGCAUACAGAAUGCUCUCCAAGACCCUCUGCUCACUGGUGUGUCAUCUAGCACCAACCCUUUCAGGCCGCAGAAGGUCUGCUCCUUCUUGUGAAACCACUGUGUCCAUUGGCCUUCAUUUUGAUGCUACAGGGAAAAAUUGACCUCAGCACCUGCUCCUUAUGCCAAGCCAUUAUACUGCCACGGGAAUUCUCAAAAGUAGAACUCAAUGGAUUUAAAACAGGAAGAAGACUGCCUAUUUUUAGAUAAGGUAGAAGACAGGAGACUGUAUUAUUUUCCACGGCACAGUGUGAUUUUUGACUCAAUUAUUGUGCCUUUUCUAUUCUAUUUUAGUCAUCACUGUUCUCAACUUUUUUGUAUUUAAUGAAUAAAAUAUUCUUUACUACUCAAGUUAUUGCCAUUAUCCUUUUCUUGUUUAAAAAAAUCAUAAUUCAGGAAAUUGAUAUAGUUCCAUAUUAUUGUCAAAUUUCAUGUAGCCUUAGAGGCAACAGUUAUGGAAACAGCUUGUGUAUGAAUCAUGAAGUAGACCAAAGGAAGAGUUUGGGUCAAAAGAUACUGCAUUAUACAUGAAAUUGGUGAUGGGAGAAGUACUUUGAUCUGUUUCUUGAGCCAAAAUUAAAAUGGGUAUAGUGUAAAAUUUA